GCAGGGGGCCGGGGGCCGACAGCAUGCGGAGCCUGCGCGGAGCCGCGCUGCUGCUGCUGCUGGCGCUGCUGCCCGCGGGGCGCGGAGCCGUCAUCACCGGGGCCUGCGACAGAGACCAGCAGUGUGGAGUAGGGAUGUGCUGCGCCGUCAGCCUGUGGAUCCGCAGCCUGCGGAUGUGCACACCGAUGGGCAACGUGGGAGAGGAGUGCCAUCCUCUGAGCCACCGGGUGCCCUUCCCGGGGCGGCGGAUGCACCACACUUGCCCCUGCCUCCCCAGCCUGGCCUGCAUGCGGACGUCCCCCAGCAAGUUCAGGUGUUUGCCAGACUUCAGGAAAGAAGAUGUCUUCUUUUAGCAGGAGCUGCUCGGCGCGAGGAGGAGCCGCCCGCGUUCUGUUUGUUGUUGUGACGAGCAAGGUACUUGCUGGGGACCCCUCUCCCAUCCUUCCCUGCCUCACCAACAUCACAGUGAAGAUGCCGUACUGUGCUGUAGCAGCCAAGGUUUUCUGAAGGACUUUCAUUUUGGGGCGGGGUAAGAGGGAUCUGCUGCGCAUUGCCAAUUUCAGAGAGCAGGAGCUCUGUUGCUGGACAAUCCUGUUGUCCGCGUGGUUCCAGCUUAACCCCAGAAUGAAACCAGCCACGAUUGUUGUCACCUUCGGAAAACUUUGGCUGCGUUUUUACACUUUGGAAUGCUUGAAUCGAACUGAGAUUUGAAUAAUAAUACAGAGUGAAGCAUCUGACAGUUGCCAAAAACCCGCCUUUCCAUUUCAUUUCAUUUCUUUGUUAAUAUAACUGUAAGUUAGGCACACCUCCACGUUAAACGUUUAACCCAUAGGUGUAGAUUUUACACUUUUAAAAAGUGGCAGAUGGAACCAAAGCACUUCAGUACUCAAAGCAUUACAAGACUCUGUUAUUUUAAUACUCCGAGACGAAGAAAAGUCGUUGUUACUGGAGUUGGUGUAAAACUACCUGAUCAUCCCAAACUAUGUAUUAAGAUGUAGUUUAUAUUAAAAAAGGAACCCUGACAUUUCUUGUAAUGGGCUGCCUGACUUCUUGUAUAUGUACCGAAUUUGCUGUGUAAAAAUUCUGUAUCAGAAUAAUGGCAGUGUAUUAUUUGAUUUAUUUUAAUAUUAUAACAUUAUUUUGUCA